AAAAUUGGACGAAAGUUUCACAGAUCGAAGCUUUCUCGAGAGGUUAGUGCAUUUCUGGGACCCGGAGGAGUAAAAUGGACCUGCAUUUACUCAGCUCUUUAUAUUCGUUGGUCGCUUUCUUCUGCGUCGCUCGCCUAGUUUUGAGUGUCAUUUCUAUUUGGACGAAGAUUUCAUACAAGUACGCGCUCUCGAAAUGGAUUUUUCAGCAAAAGGAUCUCGUGAAAAAAUAUGGAAGUUGGGCAGUUGUCACUGGCAGCUCUGAUGGUAUUGGCAAAAGCCUGGCCAAGGAACUUGCCAAACGCGGAAUGAAUAUUGUUUUAAUCAGCAACGAAGAGGAAAAAUUAAAAAGCGUUUCCGCCGAUAUUGAGAGCGAAUGCAGUGUACAAACGAUAGUUAUUUAUGCUGACUUUAGCAAAACGGAGGAGGAAUACGAAAAAAUAUUCACUGUCAUUGAUGGUCUUGAUGUCGGAAUUCUUGUAAAUAACGCUGGCACAGCUUGCGGAUUGCCUUACUUGUUUGAAAAUAUGUCUCGGCAACAAAUAUGGACCAUGAUGCUGGUUAACAUGGGUGCCGCUACUGCACUGACUCAUUACAUCUUGCCAAAAAUGAUUUCAAAAGGGAAAGGCCUGAUCGCGAACAUGGCAUCGACCUCAUCAUUCGCACCAACACCUUACGCAUCUCUCUAUGCAGCUAGCAAGACAUUCAUCUUGAGCUUCUCUGAAUCACUGAGGCACGAGUUGAAAGGAACAGGCGUCGAUGUACAGGUUAUCCACCCAUUCUUUGUCGACACAAGAGUGGCUGAAAAUAGCAAAGCCCCAACCCUGCCAAAAGUUUUAUAUCCAUCGGCAGACAAGUACGCGAGAAGCUUGAGCACAAUGAUUGGAGAAGAUAACAUCACUGCUGGAUAUCUACCUCAUCAAAUCCAGUUUGCCAUAUCACAAUCGCUGCCAAGGUGUGUGCAGAUCUGGAUGGCAGCUGAUUUUAUGGCGGUGCGUGACUUUCGCAAAGAGCAGCAAUCAAGAAAAGAUCGCUAAUUAAAAAAGUGCAAUAAAAUAAUGUUGUUAUAUGUUU